AUGUCCGGACAGUACCCUUACGGUGCUCCCCCGCCUCCGCCCUCUGCAGCGCCCGUCGGUGGCUAUUCCUAUGGUCAGCAGUCAUACUCACCUGCACCCCGUGGUGGUGGUAGUGCCGGCGCUGGUAGUGGUAGUAGACCCCGUGGCAGCUACACCCCAGGGCCUGCUCGGACUGAUUAUGCAUCACCGUAUGGAGGAAGCUACCCACAGCAAGACUACAGCUCCCAUAAUGCGGCUUCAUACAGCCAGCAGCCCGUGAGCGGCUACUGGAGUGGCACUCCUGCAGCUCACAGCGGUGCGCCUUUGCCUCAGAGCAACUAUCACCCCAAUUACGUCCCCCAGAGCACCUAUCCACCCCAGCCUCCGGCUACAUACCAGCCCUCCGCAUACCAGUCCAGCGCCCAGCGCCCAUCGUACCCGCCGACUUACAGCUCCUCGACGCCAGAUUACUCUGCGCAGCAGUGGGCCGAUUCUGCUUCGCCCUACUCGGGAUACACUGGUAGAGGCGGUCGUGGCGGCUAUUCUGGAGGUGACCGAGCUGGUCACAGAGCUGAUGCUGGUUCACCCGCCCUUCGCAUGGGCUAUGACCAGGGCGCAGCUCACUCUACUCAAGCGAGCAACGGAUACGGCCAACAGUAUCCGCCUAACCAUCAUGCCGCGCCGGCAUAUCCUGCCCCUGCCCCCUACCCCAGCUAUCCUCCUGCAGUUCCCACGUACGCUGGGCCUGCGCCCCCUUCCUACUCACACAACUCACACAACCCUCAUGGGAACAGAGGGCGUGGUCGUGAUGGCUUCUCUGGGCAUCCUAGAGGUCGGGGUGGUCACCACAAUGAUCGCAACGACAAGUUUCGUCAAAAGGGUCAGCGGCCGCCGCAUCACGAUAAUCACAGCCACAAUGCCCACGCUCAGAAGUCUGAUGCAGCAUCUGCCAAAAAGAAGAAGCGCAAGACCAACACUCUUGGCCUUACUCCCGGCGAUGCCGACGAGUCAGAUAAAGAGAUCGACGAGGAGCAGCGCAUAGUAGACACCCUAGGCGACGAUCUCCCUGACAUCGGUGAUCUUGCGGGAUGGCUUGCGGAGCGCAGAGCCAGAUACCCUACCAAGGCCCGCAUCCAGGCCAAGAAGGAGGCUGAAGUAGCUAAACGUGCCGAAGCCGGCGAAGACCAGAAGCCUGUCCUCAAGUCCAAAGACGAGGAGAAGGCUGAGAAGCUCCGGCGACAAUUGGCCAAGGUGGAACGCAAGCUCGAAAAGCGGAAGCGCGAGACUAACGAUGAGGGUGAUGAGAUGCGUGUUGACGUCAAGGAAGAAGCAGAUUCUUCCAGCUCGUCAGACGAUGAACCUCCUGAGUCGCAAACAGCCAAAAAGGCUUCAUCAUUUCUUCCUCCGCCACCUAUUACACGCGCGGACCCGACAGCACACUGCAAAUACUACUCUACGGGAGGAGUAUGUGGUAAGAAGGGCAAGUGUCGCUUUGUCCAUGAUCCCGAGGUUCGCGAGAAAGCUCUACAGGAACAAGCUGCCAACGGUGGCAGGAUUACGCUCAAGCAGCGACUCAUGAGAAACGAGAAAGAGAUCGAGGAUCUAGCAAUCAUCCAGAGCAUUGUCAAUCUUAGGGGCAUUGGCAAGAUGCCCACGGCUCCCAAGCCGGCCUCCAAAGCUCCCGGAAGCUCAUCUCGUACGAGUCCCAUCCAUUCCACCCACCCCAAAAACCCACAUACACAUCAUACUGAGCCACAGAAUAGUUCCGGCCAAACCAGCGUUCUUGCCUCCGACUCCGGCUCUGCCACAGUAACGGCUUCCCCUGAAGUCAAGGUAAGCUUGUCAUGGCUGGCAAAUCUCUACCAAUCCAAGCCCUGUGGCUACCAUGGCCGAAACAUCAAGCAGGCAAUGGACUCACUAGAUGACGUUCGCCGCCGUCGCUGUCAUUCUCAACCAAAGUAA